CUAGGAAGUCUUUGGAUAAGUUUCGCGGUUCUGCCCCAAUUUCUCAUUCUCCUUCUUCCUUUUCUCUCACGAUCUCUUUUCACUUCCACUGCUGCCCGAUCGCGCUCUCACUCUCUCUCUCCAUGUCUCCGAAACCGCACUCGCUAAUCCUCCACAGAUAAUUAAGGAAGUUAUUCAUGGCCCCGGUAAGGAAAACAAAGGGUGUGAAUAAGAGGUUUCCUUAUAUCAACGAGGUUGCUUCUAACAAAUAUGGAGAUAAUCCUAACAAGAACAAGCAGAAAAAGAGAAAGUUGUCUGCCAUGUUAGGGCCUCAGUGGACCACUGAAGAGCUAAAGCACUUUUAUGAAGGAUAUCGCAAGUAUGGGAAAGACUGGAUGAAGGUUGCUUCAGUAGUACGUCACCGAUCUUUGGAGAAUGUAGAGGCCCUUUACACUAUGAAUAGGGCCUACUUAUCUCUUCCCGAGGGCACUGCUUCUGUGAUUGGCCUAACAGCAAUGAUGUGUGACUAUUACUCUAUGCUGGAAAGAAGUGACAGUGAACAAAACUGCAUCGACAAUGCAGGAACCCCCAGAAAGCCUCAAAAGCUUGCAAGAGGGAAAUUACGGAAUGACGCCUCAAAAGGAUUGGAAGGACAUAUUCUAGAUAUUUCUCAGUCCCGUUCAAUUGCAUCAGAUGGCUGCUUGUCACUGUUGAAAAAUAGGCGCACUGAUGAAGACUCUUCCUUUGAUGCGCUACUUACUCUGGCAGAUCUGUCCUUGAGGAUGCCUGAAGCAACUGCUGAAAUGGAAUCAUCUGCACUUGUUGAGGAAGAAAACUUCAACAUUGCUAAGAAGUCUAAACUCAAAGGGAAUUCUUCAAUUACUAUGGUUGAAGACACUGCUUUGAAAACAUCUCAGCUGGGAAAACUCAAAGAGGGAGUUCAACAGUCUGACACUGGAAUACAAAAAAGAAAACAGAAGUCGCCAGUUAAAUUGCAGAUAAAUGAGAAUGAAGCUCAGACCGAGUUUCCUUGGAGUGACAAUCAAAUGAUUGAGAUUCUCAAAAGCAGCUUCGAUUCAAGGAUUCUCCAGCUUUGGAUUCGUCGAAAUAAAAUGGCUAGACCGAAAUUCAAAAUUAUAAGCUCUAGUUCUGAAGAAUUUAGGGAAGACACACAAAGUCAAGAGUCUUUGGAUGAAGAGACUCCGACUUCAUUUCAAAAAACACUACAACAUGAGAUGACAAAAAUAAAGCAUAGGAAGAAAAAACAAGCAGAGGACACUGAUGAUGAAGAAACAGCAGAGGAAGAAACAGAAGAUGAAGACGAGGACGAAACAACAAGUAGAUAUUGUGUGAAGACAAGAAGUCAGAAGAGGAAAACAACAGAUGAUGAAGAUGAGGAAUACGAUCAAAAAGAAAAGAAGAAGAGAAAAGUUCAAUUGCCAAAGACAAAAGAGCAGAAGGCAAAAAAACACGGAAGGAAGAAGAAAGAAGAAAAAGAGGAAACAGAGAAGAAAGAAGAAAACAUAGCCAAGGUUGAUUGCAGGCAGCAGAAAUGCACUUUGAGCGCGUUUUGGAGACUAAUUGAUGCGCACAAGAGCAGAAUACCAGCAGCAACUUGGGAAAUAUUAAGGCAUACCGUAUUCUGGGGGAUGAUAGAACCUUUCCUUGAGCGAAAGCUUACUGAAAAUCAGCUGCAUAAGCAUGAGGCAGACCUGGAAAUAAUCAUGAGAUAUUUUGACAAGAAGAAGAACAAGUUCAUAUUUGGCGAAAAGGAAAUGGAAAUAACAGUGCAGGAUGUAAAAACAUUGUUUGACCUGCCUACUGAAGGCAUAUAUAUGGAACUGAACAAGAAGUUGAGCAAGGAGGAGCGUAAAGAGUCUGCAAUCUUUGACACGAAUGUGAAGAAAGAUUCUGUGCUCAAAACAGAAGUAGAGAAGAAAUUGGUAAAGGAGCUGACCAAGGAGAAGAAAGAAAAAGAUUUGAAGAAACAGCAAGAUCCCAAAAAAAUAGCCUCACUCAUCAUCAUGUACUUGUUUGCUGCCUUCUUCUUUAGUAGAACUGCAACAAAUAUCACUUGGGAUUUGAUCAGUGUCUGUGAAGACAUUGACAACAUCAACAAGUUCAAUUGGUCGAGGAUGAUUAUUGAUUUUCUACUAGAUGGAAUCCAGAAGUACCAAAAAGACAAGCCGACAACUCUGUCCGGUUGCCUACUUCUAAUCUAUUACUGGUUCCUCGAGAAGACUAAGAUCAAGAACUGGAUUCCCGGAAAGGAGACAGAAACACCACGCUUUGUGAGAUGGUCAAUAAAGGAGAUCUUUAACUUGCAAGAGGUUUACAAGAAUCCAGGUUGGCCAGAGCGCUUAAUCAAGGACGGACCGUGGUUGGAAAAGGAAUGGCUGGAAGAGUUGGAAUUUGAGGAGAAGAUUGAGGAGCAAGAGACACUAAGCUUCAACAAUUGGGUUCCUCAAGCUAGCCAAAGAGAAGAAGAAGAAAUAAUAAGGCUGACGGGAAACAUGAGAGUAAUUAUAGAGGAGCUGGAGACAGUGCUCAGAGAGGAACCUACAAGGGAAAACAUGGAGGAGAAAUUGAAAAGGCUGGCAGAAGGAAAUGAGCAACUCUCAAAAAAAAAAAAAAAAAUGUGGACCAAGCUGAAAAUAGCGGACGAAAUGAUAGAAAGUAUGGAGAAGAAAAAGCAUGAUCUGUUAUUAGAAACGAGAGCAAACAAAAACCAGAUUGCAGCUCUGUACAAAUUGCUGGCGAAAGCAAAACACUCAGGGAAUGUGGAUGAUGCGGGAGCUAGUCAGCAAAAAGAAAGUCAGUUACAGAUCGUACAAAUAACAACAGAGGAAGAGCAAGUAGGACAAGCUGAAUUUGAAGACAACAGAUCAUAAGAUCAAGCUCAAACACCAGAACAAGGGGAGCAGAUGGGACAGGAGCCAGCAGAAGCCAUUCCAAUCUCUUUUAGGAGUCUAGUUGAAGAAGAAGGAGGAGAAAGAAGAUGAAGAACUUAAUCAAUUGGUCUACAACAUCAUGGAAGCUACACAAAUGGAAGAACAGGGAACGAAGACAUGAUUUCAAGAACUUAUUUUCAGUUUCCAUGUAAAGACAUGAUAUGUUUUGAGUUUAUUUUCUGUAGGUAAGAUCGUCUUUUUCAACUUAAGCCGUGUGGAUAUCAGGUCAUCUGAAGUGGUAAAAUAUAAAUGACGUGGAAAUGCGUCAAAACUUACAUAACUCAAGCAGCACGUACAUCAUCAAAUUCAGAUAUUGAAUCUAUAUACGAUUUAUCACAUAUAUGCUCGUAACUACAGGACAUUAUGUAUCGUUGCUACUAUGAAUUAAAAGAUAAUUUAUUUUAAAUUUGUAAUAUUCCAAUUAUAGGCUCUGAUCUGGUAAUAGGUUUAUCAGAAUGAAGAAGUGCUUACUUUUGUUGA